ACCUCCCCUGGAGUUUAUAACGGCAGGAGGGAGAACCCAAUCAUUCUAGAGUGUUCUUUCCUGCCUCACAGCUCCAGACCCCCUCCUCACUUUAACACCUAGACAGACCUACUACACCUGUUGCUGUUCUGUUCUUCUCUUCCUCUGUGACAGAGGUCUCUGUCUGUCACCACUCUGUUGGUCUUUAAAUCCUCCUUCAUUCAUCCAUUUGUCUAUCCAUCCGUCCAUCCAGAAAGAGAGAGAGAGUGACUGGGAGAGACUUCCCAGGUUUAUGUGAAUACCCUGAACAGACUGAACUGACAGACAGACUGACAGACCUGCAACACUAUUUGGGACGUUAUCUGUUAUUCAUUUAGUUGAACAAUCAUUUGCUUCAGUGAGAAGAGGAAGGAGAACAAGGUUAAAAUGUCUCUGAACGUUCCGGGUCUGAUCGUCAUGGCGAUCUUCUACUUGCUGAUCCUAGGCACGGGGAUCUGGGCCUCGAUGCGCUCCAAGAAGGUGGAGAGGAAGUGUACAGGGUCGGACGGGAUGGAGAUCACGCUGCUCGCUGGACGCAACAUCAACCUGUUGGUGGGGAUCUUCACUCUGACUGCUACGUGGGUUGGAGGAGGGUUUAUCCUGGGUAUAGCGGAGGCUGUCUACAACCCUACCCUGGGUCUGGUCUGGGCUCUGAUGCCAGUCCCCUACGUACUCACCUUCUUCCUGGGUGGUUUUUUCUUUGCCAAGCCAAUGAGGGAAAACAAGUACGUGACAAUGAUGGAUCCGUUCCAGAUAAAGUAUGGCAACGUCCUGAGCAGCCUGCUCAUCUUCCCAGCGCUCAUUGCAGACGUCCUGUGGGUCGCUAGGACGCUGGUCAGCCUAGGUGGCACUAUGAGUGUGAUUCUGGACCUGCCCUAUGUCUACUCCAUCUGUAUCAGCUCUGUGGUGGCCAUCAUCUACACUCUACUGGGAGGACUCUACUCUGUAGCCUACACCGAUGUCAUCCAGCUCAUCCUCAUCUUCCUCAGUCUGUGGAUCUGUGUACCAUUUAUGAUGACCAACCCAAACUCCAUGGACAUCACUCUGACCGCAUUCAACGAGACGUUCCAGGCCCCCUGGGUCGGCAAGCUGGAGCUUAGAGACGCGGGGAAGUGGAUUGACGACUUCAUGGUCCUGGCUCUGGGAGGCCUGGCCUAUCAGGCCUUCUACCAGAGGAUCCUAUCAGCGUCGUCCUACACCCAGGCUCAGGUCACCUGCUUCGCCUCCUCAGCUUUCUGCCUGGUGCUGGGCAUCCCGUCUGUCUUGGUGGGGGCUGUCGCUGCAUCCACAGACUGGAACCUGACUAGCUAUGGUUCUCCGACCCCAUACGAGCGUGGCCAGGCCGGGUCCAUCCUCCCCAUCGCCCUGCAGUACCUCACCCCCUCCUACGUCUCCGUCAUCGGCAUCGGGGCCGUUGCUGCCGCCGUGAUGUCAUCCAUGGACUCCGCCCUCCUCAGCUCCGCCUCCAUGUUCUCCUCCAACAUCUACAAGAACAUCAUCAGGAAUCAGGCCUCAGACAGGGAGAUGCAGUGGGUGAUCCGUACCUCGGUGGUGGUGUGUGGCCUGGCGGGGACGGCCCUGACCUUCCUGGAUAACAGUGUCCUGGUUUUCUGGCUGGUGGGCGUCGACAUGUCAUACACAAUCAUGUUCCCACAGCUUGUCUGUGUCCUCUUCUUCAAGGUGUCCAACGGCUACGGUGCCAGUGUGGGGUAUCUCCUAGCGUUGGUCCUCCGUAUCCUGAGUGGGGAACCCCUCAUCAACCUUCCCCCUGUCAUCCACUUCCCUGGGUUCAGGAAGGACGCGGAGGGCGUGAUGACCCAGUUCUUCCCGUUCCGUACCACCAUCAUGCUGACGUCUCUCUGCUCCAUCCUCGUCGCCUCCGGCGUCACCUCCGUCAUCUUCAACAAGGGCCUGCUGUCGGAGAGGUGGGACGUGUUUCAGAUCAAGAGGUCGCAGGCCAAAGUGACAGCGCUGACCAGGCUUAAGAAAGAAGAGAGUAGAAAGGCCAAGGAGGCCAAGGAGGGGGUGGUGAACAAGCAGCUUCUGGACACCAGCUGCUGAACAGAGGGGGGCGAUGGAAACUGAGGACGGCCAUGGGUGGAUGAGUGGGUGAGCAUCACAGGAGGCUGCUGAGGACGGCCAUGGGUGGAUGAGUGGGUGAGCAUCACAGGAGGCUGCUGAGGGGCCAUGGGUGGAUGAGUGGGUGAGCAUCGCAGGAGGCUGCUGAGGGGCCAUGGGUGAAUGAGUGGGUGAGCAUCACAGGAGGCUGCUGAGGACGGCCAUGGGUGGAUGAGUGGGUGAGCAUCACAGGAGGCUGCUGAGGACGGCCAUGGGUGGAUGAGUGGGUGAGCAUCACAGGAGGCUGCUGAGGGGCCAUGUUGAGGCAAAGGGUUUUGUUUGGUCGGGCGGACAUUUUGUGUUUCUGCUGAGGACUCGAAGGAUUUUGGAGACGGGAGGAUGGUCGAAAAACAUGCAACAACAACAACAACAACAACAACAACAACAACAACAUCAGAAAGAACACCCAUUAUGACAUCAUAAAGCAUUGUGUUGCUGGUAAAAAAAAUGGCCAGACACUCGGCAGUUUCCAGUGACCCGGGCUAGUUACACAAAAGCAAUGUGGCGAAGACCAACGGCAGCUCUGGGAGAGACGUUCCAAUGAACAACUUUUCAUUUUCCACAAGGGGUGGAGUUUUAUUUUGUCUGACUUUCUUCAUUGCGACAAAUGAUCAAAACUGUGUUUUUUUUUUCAAAUCAACGAUGAUUGCCGAAUAACUUAUAAAAGGUACACACGGGGCACGUGAUGUCAUCACACAACUAUAAAGCAGUUCAUACCCUACGGUUCAUUCUAAAUGCCUACUGCUUGCUAAAUCUAUGUUUUUAAACGACAACGUUUUUUAUGUUUAUUUGCAGGGAAAGGGAUUGUCUUGACUUUCAAGAAUGCCUGAAUUGCCCUCGCUUUGCUUUUCUGAUUGGCUGAAUGCAAGUUUCACCAUCCAAUUAUUACAGAUCUACAGGAGUGGACGUUUCACCGUGGCAACAACUAGGCACAUGAGAAUGAUUAAAAUAUGGCAACUAUUAGUCCAUUCUCAAGCAAAUUGUGUUGUUGUAGGUGUGACCUCACUACGUCCAGUUGUUAUCAACACAAGACAUUUGAAUGGAAACACACCUUAACAGGCAUCUGUCUGUCUUCUAGUCCAACUUUCUAAAUCUCGACAAAAGUUCAUGGACAUUUGUUUUUUUUUUGUGUUUGUUUAUGUUUUGUGGGUCAGUUUUGACACUGUGAUUUGGGGGGUGAAGGGUAGAGACUGAGAAACAACUAUCCGAUUGAUCCUCCCUGAAUAUAACUUUUAUACUGUAACUCUGGCUCCCUAGUGGCUGUAUCACAUCCGGCCGUGAUUGGACGGCACACAGUUGUCCCAGCGUCGUCCGGGUUUGGCCGGGGUAGGCCGUCAUUGUAAAUAAGAAUUUGUUCUUAACUGACUUGCCUAGAUAUAUAAAGGUAAAAAAUAAAAUCUGGGGUGACCAGAAGCCCCAGUCUUAAAAGCAGCCAUUUUGUUUGUUUGUUUGUGUGUGUUGUGUGAUAAAUCUGGCAAUU